CCAGUGACUAUAUUAAUUCGUAAUAGUUAAAGUCGAAAAGUGUGGUUUUAAGCCGGUUCGCGUUCCUGAAAUGAACUUUUGAAUUUUAGUAAGGACAUGUACGAAAACGGAAAAGAUCUCGUGCUGGAACGACGUUUAUUUUCUCGCCGAUAGCAUUACGCAUUUGUUCAAUGUCCUCUCGAAAACACACCUCCCGUUUAACAUCGGUAAUUAGAAGAACUUAAAACGAAGAAGCAAUCUGUAGCUUUGCAUUAAAAGCUUUACUUCACAUUGGAAUAAAUAUUACAUAAUGGCAGAAUAUAAGCUCGUUGUUGUGGGAGCUGGAGGUGUUGGCAAGUCUGCGCUGACUAUUCAACUGAUACAAAAUCAUUUUGUAGACGAAUACGAUCCAACUAUAGAAGACUCUUAUAGGAAACAAGUAGUCAUAGAUGGAGAAACAUGCCUUUUAGACAUAUUAGAUACAGCUGGUCAAGAAGAAUAUAGCGCGAUGAGAGACCAGUACAUGAGAACCGGAGAAGGAUUUUUAUUAGUGUUUGCUGUGAAUUCAGCUAAAAGUUUUGAAGAUAUAGGAACAUAUAGGGAACAAAUAAAAAGAGUAAAGGAUGCAGAAGAAGUACCAAUGGUACUAGUAGGAAAUAAAUGUGAUCUCCAGCAAUCUUGGGCAGUAAACAUGACGCAAGCGAGAGAAAUUGCCCGUCAAUACGGUGUGCCUUUUGUUGAAACUUCUGCAAAGACUAGAAUGGGAGUAGAUGAUGCUUUUUAUACUUUGACAAUAAUGCCAUCUCUUGAAUGAGAUAUGAAUCUCUAAUAAACUAUACAAACUUAAUUUUUCUUACAUAAGCUGCAAUUGUAAAUACAUUUUGUAAAGUCAUUUCGACAGUCUUUAUCUUUUCCAAGCAAUUUUAACAUUCCAAUAAGCUGAACUUCCAUCAUCCAAUAUAUAUCUAAUUUUUUUUUUUUUUUUUUUUUUCAUAAUUGGCACCUGUUACCUACACUUUCCUCCAUUUUACUUUCUGAAAAGUCUGGUAUUAUUUGACAGAUCUUGUUCACAGAAGAUCAUUUUGUAAACUAUAAAAGCUGUAACUAGAUACUUGUCAUGCAUCUAAAUCUGAAUCUUUUGGCCUAAGUAUUUGAUAAUAAGGCCAGAGAGCCCCCAAUUUUACCUUUUUCUUUUUUACUGCAUUAUGGAAAUGAACUUCAUCAUACCAUGCUAAAUGAAUGAUGAGUGUGCAUAAACCAGAAGAGAAUUUGAGAACCAAUUUUACCGUCAUAAAUUAUUUGGGUGCUUGGAAGUUUCAAGUUUUAACAAGGAACCUGAACUUAAUAAUUUUCCCUUUACAUUAAUUAAAACUUGCUUAUACACGAAUUAUCGUUUUGUAUCGUUUGUGUUUGUAUGAUGGUUUUUGUCCUCUGUUUUCUCUAUCUUAUUAAAUAAGUCAAUGGUUAAUUGGUAGAUUGAAUUCUUAAUCCAAAUUUAAUUCCCCAUUGAGAAAUUUUAUUUUCUUCUGACGCCAUUGCUGUUGUAAAGAGUACUACUCUGUAAAUUGAAAAUGAUAGAAACACAUAAAUUACACCUAGUCCUAAAUUUUGAACAAUCAAGGGUUAAAUACUUUGCUAAAUAAUCUAAAUAGUACAAUUUGCAUAUAUUCUCGUACAUUUAAACGCAUAAAUUUGUAAUUCUAGCUUUUUCAAAUAUUGAAAAUGUGUACAUAUAUAUAAAAUUGCACAGCAUAGGUGUUGUUAGGUAGUUUAUAUUUGUAAUAAAACUCGAUAUAAAAAGUGUUCUUUAUAUUCAUUCUGUUUUGAAUGAUUGUUUUUAAACAUUAAUUGUAGGCCAUCUAUGCUGUUUAGUUUUAUAAUAUCAAAGGAGCAAUUGACAAAUCUUUCACUAACUAGUUGUCUUCUUACGAUGGUUUAUGUUUAUGUAACAAAAAAGUCACAUUAUCCGAAUCAAACGGUCCUAAAAUAUAAUUAAUAUAAUAUAAUAUAAUUAACACGUUGACUGCCGUGUACGUGUUGACUCAUAGCUGACAAUUUAUCACCGGAUCCCGCUUAUACGUUAUCUCGCGAAGACGUUAGUAAUAUCAGCGGUGUCGGGGAUCAUUUUGUCCAACGAUGGUCAACGUGUUGAAAAUGGCAUUUUUAAAUCAAAGUUUAUAUAUCUGUGUCAUAUCCAAUUAGGUUCGAACUAUCAUGAAAAUUAAGCGCAUAUUUCACUAAUCAUUUGUUUAAUUCUCCUAUUCAAUCCGUGAUUCAAAACAUCAACAUAUACUUCUGAUAGCAUUACUUUUCCUUAAAGAAUUUUCGUGCUUGCAUAGCACUUGUUUUUAAAAUCAACAUAAAAGGAAUCAAUAAUUCGAUACUCGUUUACAUCAUAAACAUAUGAAUUACUAGUAUAAUUUAUACACCGAUGAAUACUAUAAUACACUUUUUGAAUGUGUUAAAUAUUAUUGUGCGAAUGCAUCUUAAUUUUUUUUACCGAAAAAUUAAUGUAUAUUUUUGUUAAGAGAUUUUCUAAGAAUCUUUGUAUUAUUAACUAAAUAGGGUUAUAAAUUUUACAUAAUAUUUGUCAUUCAAUGGCAUGGUAAAAUUACUACAACGAUAAAAAUGUAAGAAAUAGUUUAUAAAAUAAUUCAAAUUAAUAAAAAAACAUUUAUACGUAUAAAAAA